GGAUCUCCCACCGCCACUUCAGGGGCCUGAAUCCAACCACCCCCAAAAGCACAAACACUACCCCCACGUGACCCGCGCCGCGUCCACGGGACCGGCGUCGCACCCGGUGGGCGUCACGUGACAGACUCAGCUUUCCUCCAAUCAUUGUGCAUGUUAUGGAGAUUCCUCCCAGGACCCAACCCGAGACUUAAAACGCCCUAUUCUCCCGCCAGCCAAACGGGUCAGCUCCCCGCUCCCAGCUGAGCGGUAGUGUCUUUCAACGGUCCUCUUCUACGGUGGCGUUGGGAGGCCCAGGCCUACAGCACACUCAGUCCCGGAAGUGACGUCUCCCAGAGGGGCCGGAAGUGUCAGUGGAGGGAGGGAAGAUGGCGGAGGUGGGGGAGAUAAUCGAAGGCUGCCGCCUGCCGGUGCUGCGGCGGAACCAGGACAACGAAGAUGAGUGGCCCCUGGCUGAGAUCCUGAGCGUGAAGGACAUCAGUGGCCGGAAGCUUUUCUACGUCCAUUACAUUGACUUCAACAAACGCCUGGAUGAAUGGGUUACCCACGAAAGGCUGGACCUGAAGAAGAUCCAAUUCCCCAAGAAAGAAGCCAAGACCCCCACCAAGAACGGACUUCCUGGGUCCCGCCCCGGCUCUCCAGAGAGAGAGGUGCCGGCCUCCACCCAGGCCAGCGGGAAGACCUUGCCAAUCCCGGUCCAGAUCACACUCCGCUUCAACCUGCCCAAGGAGCGGGAAGCCAUUCCCGGUGGCGAGCCCGACCAGCCGCUCUCCUCCAGCUCCUGCCUGCAGCCCAACCACCGCUCAACGAAACGGAAGGUGGAGGUGGUUUCACCAGCAACUCCAGUGCCCAGUGAGACAGCCCCAGCCUCAGUUUUUCCCCAGAAUGGAUCAGCCCGUAGGGCAGUGGCAGCGCAGCCAGGACGGAAGCGAAAAUCGAAUUGCUUGGGCACUGAUGAGGACUCCCAGGACAGCUCAGAUGGAAUACCAUCAGCUCCGCGCAUGACUGGGAGCCUAGUAUCUGACCGGAGCCACGACGACAUCGUGACCCGAAUGAAGAACAUUGAGUGCAUUGAACUGGGCCGCCACCGCCUCAAGCCGUGGUACUUCUCCCCGUACCCACAGGAGCUCACCACGUUGCCCGUCCUCUAUCUCUGCGAGUUCUGCCUCAAGUAUGGUCGUAGCCUCAAGUGUCUGCAGCGUGAGUCGACGGAAGACUACAAUGUGGCCUGCAUCUUGACCCUGCCUCCCUACCAGCGCCGGGGCUAUGGCAAGCUGCUGAUUGAAUUCAGCUAUGAACUCUCCAAAGUGGAAGGGAAAACGGGGACUCCUGAGAAGCCUCUCUCGGAUCUUGGUCUUCUUUCCUACCGAAGCUACUGGUCCCAGACCAUCCUGGAGAUCCUGAUGGGGCUGAAGUCGGAGAGCGGGGAGAGGCCGCAGAUCACCAUCAACGAGAUCAGUGAAAUCACCAGCAUCAAGAAGGAGGAUGUCAUCUCCACUCUGCAGUACCUCAACCUCAUCAACUACUACAAGGGCCAGUACAUCCUCACCCUGUCGGAGGACAUCGUGGAUGGGCAUGAACGGGCUAUGCUCAAGCGGCUACUCCGCAUCGACUCCAAGUGUCUGCACUUCACUCCCAAGGACUGGAGCAAGAGGGGAAAGUGGUGACCACGUACUGCCCAUGGUAGUGCCAAAAAGCUGACAGAACUGGGGCUGACAGCCCAUCCUGCCCCCACUGGGGCCCCCAAGAGGGACACCAAGGGAGACGGACUGGGCUGAGGACAGGCCCACAAGAAGAGGACAGGCCUGGUAGGGGCUGGCUGGUGCCCAGCACCAGAGUGAGCUCAGGGCUCUGGUCAACUCAAAGAUCGGCUGGCUACAGGCCCAGGCCUGCUGUGAACCAGGGACUGGAGGGAGCCAGGCAGCUGUGUACAGUAAGACAGGGGUGGGAGUACUUUGUACAGAGGAUGGCUGUAAAAAUUUCUUUUGUAAAGUAGGAGUUGGGGUGGGGUGGGUACUGGCUGCAAAAUUCUGGUCUUUUGUCCCCACCACCCCCUGGCAAUAAACUGUUUCUUCAGGCCAGA